AUGUCGCAGACCCAGACUAUCACGCAAACCCAGGCACCAAACGUGCCCCAAACACUAGUUCUCAAGAAUCCGGUUCAGGCGGAGGAAGAUUAUCGUUACUCUCAUCUGCUACCACAUUUCUCAGAGGAUCGAUACCCGCCUCUCGAGCCAUUCGAACAUGUCGACCCUGGACAACGAGCGUUGACUCACCCCAAUCCUCGAGCUUUCCUUGAAAAUGCCACCAGCGUAGUCGAGCUGACUCCGCGUCUCGGAACUGAAGUUCGGGGGAUUAAUCUAGCAGAGCUGACUGCAGAUGCUCGUGACGAGCUUGCUUUGGAAGUAGCCAGACGCGGUCUGAUUGUGUUCAGAGACCAGCAUGACUUCAUUGACCGCGGCCCCGACUUUUACAAGCAAUGGGGCUCUUACUUUGGGAGACUUCAUAUUCAUCCUACCAGCGGCCAUCCAGCAGGCUAUCCGGAGGUUCACCUUGUCUAUCGAGAUGCCAAUUCCACCUUCAAUUUUGAAAUUGCCGAGUCCACAACAUCCACCUUUUGGCACUCGGAUGUCUCUUACGAGCUGCAGCCACCCGGCCUGACCACAUUCUUCCUCUUGGCGCAACCGACUACUGGCGGUGAUACCCUCUUCACCUCGCAAGUUUCUACCCUGCAGAAACUCUCGCCCCCCUUCGUUACCUUCCUUCGCACUCUCUCCGCCGUCCACUCUGGCGUCGAACAAGCAAACUUCUCUCGUGCCGGCAAGCGUGGCGGCGUCGUCCGUCGCGAGCCUGUCGAGCACGUGCACCCAGUCGUCCGACGCCAUCCCGUGACCGGCGAGGAAGCGCUUUACGUUAAUAGGCAGUUCACACGCCGCAUCGUCGGGCUGAAGAAGCAGGAAAGCGAAAACAUUCUCAACUUCCUAUACGACCAUAUCGACAAGUCGGGCGACAACCAAGCCCGUCUCAAAUGGGAGCCGGGAACCGUUGCGCUGUGGGACAAUAGGAUCACGGCGCAUUCUGCCAUUGUCGAUUAUGGCGACUCGAAGGAGCGACGUCACGGGGCACGGAUUACCCCACAAGCCGAGCGUCCGAUUCCCGCUCUGGAAGGUCUCAAAUUGGAUUAG